CACCGAAGACAUGUAGCCCUAAACAGUUUGCAUGCAAAGAUCAGAUUACGUGCAUAUCUAAGGGCUGGCGCUGUGACGGGGAAAAGGAUUGUCCCGAUGGCUCGGACGAAUCGCCCGAUAUAUGCCCUCAGAGCAAAGUGUCACGGUGCCAACCCAACGAGCACAACUGCCUGGGCACCGAGCUGUGCAUCCACAUGAGCAAACUGUGCAACGGGCUCCACGACUGCUUCGACGGCUCGGACGAGGGGCCGCACUGCCGGGAGCAACUGGCCAACUGCACGGCGCUGGGCUGCCAGCACCACUGCGUGCCCACGCUGAGCGGCCCUGCCUGCUACUGCAACAACUCCUUCCAGCUGGCCGAGGACAGGAGGAGCUGCAAAGACUUCGACGAGUGCACGGUGUACGGCACCUGCAGCCAGACCUGCACCAACACCGAGGGCUCCUACACGUGCAGCUGCGUCGAGGGAUACCUCCUGCAGCCCGACAACAGGUCCUGCAAAGCCAAGAAUGAGCCCGUGGACCGCCCGCCCGUGCUGCUCAUCGCCAACUCCCAGAACAUCCUGGCCACUUACCUGAGCGGGGCCCCGGUGCCCAACAUCACCCCGACCAGCGCCAAGCAGACCACGGCCAUGGACUUCAACUACAUCGAGGACACGGUGUGCUGGGUGCACGUGGGCGACAGCGCUUCCCAGACCGUCCUCAAGUGCGCCAAGAUCCCCAACCUGAAGGGCUUCGUGGAGGAACGCUCCAUCAACAUCUCGCUCAGCCUGCACCGUGAGUGCUCCCCGUGCUGGGCGCCCGUGCCCUUCCCGCAGAGCUUUCCUCCUCCUCCUCCUUCUCCUUUUUUAGCUUUGGCUUUUCCCUCUUCCUUCCCUCUGGUUAUUUCUGGCGAGUCCCGCGGUUUCUUUGCACGAAUCUACCCAGAAGAGCGGCACGGUGGGGAUGGGGACGGCUGCCUUUGGGGAUGGCAGCUCUCCUGCGUUUCCUCUUUUGGUUCUGGCCCCGUGUUCUCUCGCCUCGCUCCCCGUCCUGAGCAGUGAUUGCGAGCAGAAUCCUGACCCCAAAUCUGCUCCGUGGGUCCCGGGGCCGUGGUGGUUCUCUUGGUUCUGUUUGCUGCGGCCUUGCAGCGCAGCCUCCUGUGAGGGGCUGCUGCUCCCAGCUCUGUCCCUUGCUGGGAUUUCGGUGCUCAGCCGCUCAGCCCUUUG